AUGCGUGCACGCAUGGAUCCACUAGCCCAGUCGCCGCUUGGUUCCAUCUGGACGAGCGUGAUGCGGCGAGAUUUCGAGAGGAACAUUGACGACCUUGACGACAAGCAUGUGGUUCUGGAGCCCCGCGAUUACACGGGUAGGGACUUUUCGCACGAAAAAGAUGCAAUCGCAGCCUUGCCUCUCGAUCUCGAGCGCAAGCUGGCGGAUGACUUCGCCUACAUAUCUGCAUACGAUGUCGGAGUCAACGACAUAACGGCUGCGACGAUUGAGUGUUCGCUCGAUUCUCCCGGCAUCACGGUCCGACUCGCUGCGAAUGAGGGUGUUGAGGAUUGCGUCCAAAAUUCCAUCAAGGAGGUCCUCCAGAUUCUCAAGGGGUGUGGUAGAAAACUCUCGCACCGUGAGCGAAGCGAAGAGAAUAUCCUGUCAAUCGUCGUUCGCUUGAACCAAAACAGAAUAUACUCGAGACUCAGAUCAAGACAUCAACAAAAACGUGUCAAAGGUCAGAGCGAUCGGUUGUUGAGUCUUGAUUUCAGGAACUUUGUUGGGCAGCAGGCUGCGCAGACGCGCAAUAAUCCGCAAGAGCUGAUGGCUCUGCAGGGUGAUCUGGCCGAGUUCGAUAGGCUUGUUGAUCAAUUGGAAAAUGGUCAAGAUUCGGAACCGAUGGAAGAGCUCAAGAGGAUAGUGAAGAAAGCGUGGCUGAUUUCGGACGAGAAAAUCGGCAUACAGCACCGACUCAAGAGACUAGGAGUCCUCAGUGACAGGAUUGAUAACAGUACGGUUCGGGCCAUAGACAAGCUUGCCAACUAUUGGAGAAUAUGCCGGGACCUGGUCAGAAUACGCCUUACGCGCGAAUACCGUCAUUUGUUCGACGACCCACGGCUUGAGGCGAUCGAGAACUACAGAGCACACGGUUGGUUUUCGGUCUCGAAAGCUCAUCGGCAGGUCAAAAACAUAUGGACUGUCCCCGAGAGGAAAGACUACAGCAUCGAGAGUCUGGAGAGGAUAAGGAGGUCGAUUGUGGCCGUAGACGGCGAGGUCUACGAAGAAGCGGCGAGAAAACAGCGUCAGCGAAGAACAUAUCCGAUGCAGAGCUCGAUCAAUUUGAAGAGCAUCGCAGUGAUAUCGCCUUCGAUGUCGAGUGAUACUGCAUCCAUUCUCGAGUUGGCAGAGAAGCUGAGCAUCUCAACCGUAAGGCUCCACUCCAUCAACAGGCUCCUCCGCGUCUACCAUCAGGCCAAUGCAAUACUGGCCCAGUGCCUCUACAGGGCAGCCGGCUACACGGCACGACACGGCAUUGGGUGGCACACCUACACCGUCCAAUCUUGGGCGAACAGCUACGGAAGAAGCGGCAACUGCAAAGACGAAUGGCGACUGCCGAGGUACGGCAAGUGA